UUCCUUUUGAUAUACGGCAGAGAUCCAAUCUUUUGCGUUGAUUUAAUUCUUGAUCCUAAAAUUAGAGAUCCUAUAGCAUCAAAUGAUACACAAGAAAUUAAACAAAAAUUAAUAGUUUCUUUGCGAAGCGCUUGGAAAUAUGCAGCGGAAGCCAAUUUUGAGGCACAGCAAAGGUCAAAAACAGAUAGAUUAGGAAUCCCACUGUAACAAUCGGCGAUAGAGUGCUUCUUCGGAAUUAUGCUGGUAAAAUAGGCUCAUCCAAUUUAAUCAGCUUAAGAAAAGUAUAGAGCCACUCCCGACUGAACCGGUUUGCACAACUCCUAGGUUAGAAGCAGAAGAGUUGGAAGCGUUAGAAGAAUCUGGUGCAGAAUAAAUAGUUAACACGCCAGGAUUCUCGCAAAGUAAAGUAGCUGAGCCAAAUUCAGAAGUAGCAGAAGGUAGUCAGGUUGAAGUAGUAGUUCGCCAGGGACUAAGUAGAUACAAUUUAAGAAAAAGCCCAAAAAACAGAUAAUACUUAUAAUUGCUUCGGCUAUCAAAUGGAUUUAAAAUUUAAAUUUAAUAUAAAAAAUAUAUAAAAAAAUAUAUAAUAUUCCUUUAAUUAAACAAAUUUCCUAGAUUUUCAAUAGUUUUGAGAUGUGCUUCAACAAAGUACCGGAUCCUGAAUUAUGGAAGAAAGAUGAAAUGGAAGAAGAAAAUAUUAUUAAUGAGGAAGAAGAAGAGCCCAGGAAUAUUGAAAAUGACGAAGAACCAAGGGUCAACAUCUUCAGAGAUUGGAUUGAAGUUGUUGAAGAAGAUUGGCCAGAAGAAAUGGAAAUGAAUGAGGUUGACGAAAUGGGUAAAGAGGAUGAAGGAGAAAAGAAAGAAGAAAAUAAUGAGGAUAAAGAAGAAAAAGACGAAGAGGAAGAAGAUGAUGAUGAAGAGAUUGAGCUGGGAAUUGAGGUGACAGAAGCUAUUUGGAAUUGAGGAAAAGACCAGCUCAACGAAACUGGAAAGAAUAUGCUAAUACAACAUUUGAGAGGAGCAGGACCAAUACAUGUUUCAACUGUGGGCGCACUGGACAUAUUGCUCGAAAUUGUAAUUGGAAUACUUGAAGGAAGAAUGAGAGUUGGAGAGGCAGAGGAGGAAAAUAUUAAAUUUGUGUUUUUA